AUGUCGCACUUUUACACUGUCACGACGCUGCCCAAGCGGUAUAUCUCUUUACUCUGUCUUGCUGCGUUCGCUCUCUUCCUGUUCUACUCAGGCCACGCCUAUUUCUCGGUUCCCUUGCGACCCCUCGCGCCUUCGCAGCCCUACGAACGACCUCAACAAGCUCACGACGGUCGCUUCCACUGGGCAGCCAGGAUUCAACAUUUCCCUCUCAGACAUCUUACACCAUUGCCAUCUGGCUCGCCGAAGAAAUUACCUAAUGUGCAACACAAGUUUGGAGCAGAAUCAGCUGCGGCACGAGCGCAAAGGCUAGAGCGGCGAAGCCAAGUCAAGGAUGCUUUCCAAAGAUGCUGGAGAUCAUACGAGGAGAAAGCCUGGCUGUACGACGAGCUGUCACCCAUCACGGGCGGUGGUCGAAACACUUUCGGUGGCUGGGCAGCUAGCUUGGUGGACGCUCUCGAUACUUUGUGGAUAAUGGAUAUGAAAGACGAUUUCAACGAAGCAGUUGCCGCAACCAGAGAGAUCGACUUCAGCAUCUCUACUGAUCAAACGAUCAAUAUUUUCGAGACUACUAUCCGCUACCUGGGUGGCUUCCUGAGCGCAUACGACCUGAGUGGUGAUACUCGCCUCCUCGAUCGAGCAAUUGACGUGGGUGACAUGCUACUAGUGGCAUUUGAUACACCUAACCACUUCCCAAUCACAAGGUGGGAUUGGGAAGCCGCCUCUCGAGGCCAGCGGCAAGAGACACCAGAUAGUCAACUCGUCUCCGAACUCGGUUCUCUUACACUAGAGUUCACCAGAUUGAGCCAGCUUACUGGUGAUCAGAGGUUCUAUGAUGCUAUUCACAGGAUCACCACCUUGUUCGACAGUCAACAGUUGAAGACGAAAUUACCUGGCCUCUGGCCAGUCGUUGUAAACCCCAAGGACCUGGACCUCACCAGCGAUACAGGUUUUACUUUUGGUGGCAUGAGUGAUAGCCUGUACGAAUACUUUCCUAAAGAAUAUGCUCUGCUUGGUGGUCUGCAGCCUGUCUAUCAGAAGCUCUACGAACAAUCGAUGUCCUCAGCAACUGAAGCUCUCUUUUUCCGACCCAUGACACCCAACGAGGACGACAUUCUGAUUGGUGGUGAUGCUAGAGCCAGUGACGAUGGCAAAUCGUAUACGUCCGAAUCUAGAGGUCAACAUCUUGGUUGCUUUGCUGGUGGCAUGCUUGGUCUUGGUGGCCGAUUAUUCCAGAACGAGCAUCACGUCACACUUGCACGCAAGUUGACUGACGGCUGUAUCUGGGCAUAUCGAGCCAUGGACCAAGGAAUAAUGCCAGAGAUUGCACAUUUCGUGGCAUGUGAAUCCAAGACUCAUUGCCCAUGGGACGAAUCGAAGUGGCUGGCAGAAGUUUCGGCGAGGCUGGAUGACUCUGGGAAGAGCGUCAAUAUCAACGAAGUGAUCAAAUCCAAGAACCUACCCAAAGGCUAUACUAGUAUCGACGACCGCCGCUACAUCCUCCGGCCCGAAGCAGUCGAAAGCGUCUUCAUACUGUACCGGAUCACUGGCGACGAGAAGUAUCGCGAUGCGGCAUGGGAUAUGUUCACGACGAUCAACGACUUGACCAAGACAGAAUUUGCUAAUGCGGCAAUAACUGACAUAACAGUACAUAAACUGCAAUUACCGCCGAAAGAAGACAGGAUGGAGAGCUUCUUCUUCGCGGAGACAUUGAAGUAUUUCUAUCUGAUAUUCAGUGAGCCGGAGCUUGUGAGUCUUGAUGAGUUUGUGCUCAAUACUGAGGCACAUCCGCUUCGGCGUCCUGUAUAG